CUCGACAUGUGAAUUUGAACAAAUAUACAAGCCACAUUGUAUAACUCCAGUACUAAGACUCCAAAAUGGCACCCUCAAUACCGGAUCAGAUGUUAAAUACAUCAUGGACAUUACACCGUCUAUCACCUCUACACCAUGAAAAAGAAUUCCAAUCUCUCCUGGACAACCCAGAAGCUCUAAAAACCUAUGCAAACCGCCUACGCGACCAACUCACGGGGAACGUGCUAGCCGGAUUCCAAGUUGGCACAAGUGCACCCUCCACAGAGGAAGACACGCUCUCCAGAACUGGCGCUCUCAUAAACUGCACCUGGGAAGCUAUAUCAAGCCUUUCUUUAGCAGAUCCUGAUGCUUCCCAUCCCGAGAGCCCAUGCGGAAUACUCGUGGUACUAGACUAUGAAAACAUCACCUAUAAAGCAGCAUUACUUGCACCACCAGAAGGGUCCCAUUCCCGUAAAACUUCCACAUACCUGCCGUUACUGUUAACGCGGUUACCGGGCCCGCUACGACAAACAUUCAUCUCUUUUCUCUCUGCGAAUUUUGACACUUACUGUUCUGUUUUUCGCCUCCCUUCAAAGUUCUUGUGUACCGGACUUGCCUCUUACGUGGACGCUUUGACGCAAGACCGCGAUAGAGAAUCGGCGACUUCGCGGGCUAUUCUGGAGGAUGUCGUGAAGGAGAUACAGAUUACAGUGUCAUUCUCGUCUAAUGUGACUCCUGCUUUGAGGUCCCUCAAUAUUAAUAUCCCGCGGGGGUCUAUCAAGAGCUUUUUGCCGGCUACUGGGGUUUCGAAUCAACCGGGUGGUUCUAUUCUCUCGGGUCUCUCUUGUUAUAUUGAGAAGCAUCUGGCGAUGGAUCUGGAUCUAGCUGGGUCGUCAGCUAGGGGUAUACCGGCAAGCAAACAUGUGCGUAUCAGUAAGAUCGCAUGUAACGGGUUCGUUCUAGGCGCUGAAGGAAAGAUAAAACUGGUUGCGCAGCCUAUCCGAACUGGCUCUGCUGGCGAUGAUUCGGCUGAGAACGAUGACGACACUCGGAAUGAUAAGAAGCGUCUUGCUCUACGAGCGAGUGAGGUGCUACUUCUCUCUGUCAUACAAAGGAGCCUUGUUGGGGAGAAUCAGGAAAGUUGAUCAGUACGACUUCUGGGGAGAGAAAGUCUAUGUCCCUUAUUCCGAUGCUGCGGUAUGGGCUUGGGAAGUGCACAAUGUGGAUGGUUUACUUUUCCGUUAAUCCUUGGGAGGCAGGCAGUACUACACAGAUAACAAUCCUAUCAAUCGUUUGGUUUGACAUUAACUAAC